CAAAGCUUAACUCGCGGGAUUUAAUGUUGUAGCAACCGGGUGUGAGGAGCAACGCCGAUAAAGUUAAUUUAUUUGCUGUUACACGCUUUAAACUAAACAGACUAGUUGAAAAACAAAAUCAAAAGCCAAAUAUGGUUAUGUUUAGUUAGAAUUAUCAAAAUAUUUAAGAAAAAUAAAUUAAAUAAGCAUAAAAUCGAAGAAUGGAUGACAGCCGUGAGGGGAGCGAAAGUUCGGGCGAGGGCUGGUGCAGUGGCGCUGACGACCAGGAGAAAACCCCAGGGAACAGCAGCACCUGUGCAGAGCCUUCAUUUCCACUGAGGGAGCUGUACCCUUACAUUCGUUGUGCUCUCUGCAAUGGCUUCUUCAUCGAUGCCACCACUAUCACUGAAUGCCUUCAUACAUUCUGUAAAAGUUGCAUUGUCAAGCACUUCUUUAGCAGCAACAGGUGUCCCAACUGUGCAAUCAUCGUUCAUCAAACACAACCACUAUACAAUCUAAGACCUGACAGGCAAUUACAAGAUAUUGUUUAUAGGACGGUCCCAUAUUUGGAAGAAAUGGAGAGGGCGAGAAUGUGUACAUUUUACAAGGAGAAAGGUCUGCCAAUCCCAAAAGCAGCAGCCCCAGGUAUGCUUUCAAUAAAACUUCUGAGACAGAAGAGAGACUCCAUGCCACAGUCUGUUUUUACCAUUCCUCCAGAACUCGAUGUGUCUCUAAUGUUGGAUUUUGUUGGAGCUGAGGAGGGCAUUGAGAAUUAUAAGCCUUUGGAGAGAAAGUACAUCCGUGUCUCAGGUGAAGCUACAAUUCGUCACGUGGAGCUCUUUAUCAGAAGGAAGAUGGAGUUGAGUCCAAAUUUGAAGGUGGAUGUUGUUUGUGGAGAGCAUCUCUUAAAGCAAUGUCAGUCUUUAAGAGAAGUCCAAAGAACGAUGGGAGAAAAUUCUCUACAGGAUGGAAUGCUGGUUUUACAGUUUGGACUUGUGCUGCCUACUCAGUAAACAGACGACUGUGAUGUAUCUAAACUACUGUCUACAGGGAACAAACUAAGGGCUAGUCUGAACUUUUUGAGAAGCACACUGCUUCAUGCCUACUGUUAAAAACAUUUCUCUAUGGUUGUUACCAUAAUAGUUUUCUAUGUUCUCAACUUGUGUUGAUUCCUUCAAUUCUGUUUUGUAUUUGAGCACUAAACUUUCUAAGGGGAAAAAACAAAACACAAUAUGUGGUAUAAAAUAUAGGAGGAACAGUAAAGACAUCGAUCUAAUAAAUAUAUAUUUUACAUUUUGUGCUUUUGGUUAAAAAUAGUUGGAUUAAAAGUGCAUAAGUGUUUUUAAAA